AUGUCGACCGACCCCAAGCUUGACGAUCUACAUAAGCAGCUUUUUGAUGAGGGGCUGAAGAUGAGACGAAGUGUAGUGGGAGACGAAUAUGUGGACCGUGCACUGGAGAAUGGUUCUACAGAAUUCUCGCGAGCUGGGCAGGAGCUCGUUACUGAGAUGUGCUGGGGUUACGCUUGGACGCGGCCAGGUCUCGACAAGAAGCAAAGAAGUCUUAUCAACAUCGGUAUGCUCAUGGCGCUCAACCGCGCCCCCGAACUUGCUGUACAUGUGCGGGGGGCAAGGAAUAACGGUCUGUCCGAGCUCGAAAUUCGCGAGGCUAUCAUUCACGCAACCACAUACUGUGGGGUGCCAGCUGGCGUCGACGCCAUGAAAACAGCUGAAAAGGUCCUAAACGACAUGGCAGAGAAAGGCGAGAUGCCGCGAGAAUUGGGCAACAGGAGUGAAAGGGCAUAG